CGUCGCUGCUGAGUCAGCCCGCGCUGCGAUUGGCCUGCCGCGGGCCAAUGGGGGCGAAGGGCGGGUUCUCGGCCCUCGCGGGCUUCCGGCUUCGCCCCCUCCCAAGAUGGCGACGGUGGCCGAGCUGAAAGCGGCCCUGAAGGAGGCGCUGGCUCGGAGCGGGGCGCUGGGGCAGGUGCGCGCCCGCGUCCGCGCAGAGGUCUUCGCCGCGCUGGACGACCCGGGCGAGCCGCGCCCCGCCGCCCCCCGCGAGACCCUCCUGUUGAACGAGCUCAUCCGCGAGUACCUGCGGUUCCACCGGUACAACUCGAGCGCCUCCGUCUUCCUGGCCGAGUCCGGCCAGCCCGAAAUCCCCUUGGACCGAGAUUUCCUCGCCAAGGAGCUGCACGUCGUUGAAGACCCCAGCAGCAGAUCCGUGCCACUUUUGUAUGGAAUUCUAACUCGGCUGUUACAAGGCAAUGAAGAGAAGGGGCCCCCCAUGUCCCCCAGAGCCCCCUCGGUGGCACCUUCAAAGUGGACUAUCGGCAAGCCAUCUAAUUGAAGCAGUUAAAUGGGUACAGCACACACGAACCGACAGACAAACUGUUGCAGACUUGGAACAUGGUGUGAGGCUUUUGAAGAUACAUGGGGUUCACAAGGCAUCCAUAAAUAAAGUAACCACAUUUUUUAUGAGUA